CCGGGCAGUCACGGGCGGGGCGGAGGGGGGGGGGAGGUUAACCGCGCCCAGGCUCUCGCUUCCCGAUGGCUGCGGGGAGCUGAACGGGGCCCGAGUGUACGAGGAGGAGCCGAGACCUGCUAGCACCCCCGCCCCGCUCCGUCGCUCCUUCCGAGUCUACGCCCCGGCCCGAGCCGCUGCCUCAGGAGCGCAGCGCGGGCGGCUUCCCCCUCCCCUCCGCCGCCGCCGCCCCUUCCCCACCUCAGGCCGGCGGGGACGCGGGCAGGAGCCGCGGGCGACGGCCGGAGCGGCCCUGUUGAUGAGCAGCGGCCGGAAGGGCAGAUUUCUGGUUGUUUGAGAGGUGGCAGCAGAGGACACCUUUAGCACAGGAAAAUGAGUGAGCUCGACCAGUUACGCCAGGAGGCUGAGCAACUGAAAAACCAAAUCAGAGAUGCUAGGAAAGCGUGUGCAGAUGCCACCUUGGCUCAGAUCACAGCCAAUAUUGACCCGGUGGGGAGAAUUCAGAUGCGCACCAGGAGAACGCUCCGGGGACACCUGGCCAAAAUUUAUGCAAUGCACUGGGGGACCGAUUCCAGGCUUCUAGUUAGUGCCUCCCAGGAUGGCAAACUUAUAAUUUGGGACAGCUAUACUACAAACAAGGUGCAUGCUAUUCCCCUGCGUUCGUCUUGGGUCAUGACUUGUGCAUAUGCGCCUUCUGGAAACUACGUGGCUUGUGGUGGUCUCGAUAACAUCUGUUCCAUUUAUAACUUGAAAACUCGUGAAGGGAAUGUACGUGUCAGCCGUGAGCUAGCUGGGCAUACAGGAUACUUGUCAUGCUGUCGUUUCUUGGAUGAUAAUCAAAUUGUUACCAGCUCUGGCGACACCACUUGCGCUCUCUGGGACAUAGAAACUGGUCAGCAGACAACUACAUUUACUGGGCACACUGGAGAUGUCAUGAGUUUGUCUCUGGCUCCUGAUGCUCGGUGUUUUGUUUCCGGUGCCUGCGAUGCCUCUGCCAAACUGUGGGAUGUUAGAGAAGGAAUGUGUCGGCAAACCUUCACUGGCCAUGAGUCGGACAUCAACGCCAUCUGUUUCUUCCCCAAUGGCAAUGCGUUUGCCACAGGCUCGGAUGAUGCUACAUGCAGGCUUUUUGAUCUUCGGGCUGAUCAGGAACUUAUGGUUUAUUCACAUGAUAACAUCAUCUGUGGCAUCACCUCUGUAGCAUUUUCCAAGAGCGGUCGUCUCCUCCUAGCUGGUUAUGAUGACUUCAACUGCAAUGUUUGGGAUACGCUGAAAGCUGAUAGAGCAGGUGUCCUUGCUGGUCAUGAUAACCGUGUCAGUUGCUUAGGUGUGACUGAUGAUGGUAUGGCAGUGGCAACAGGAUCAUGGGACAGCUUCCUCAAGAUCUGGAACUGAAAAGAGUGGCGGACUCCGUGACUGGAAGAAGUUUCCAACGAUUGAAAAUUAAAAAUGAUAGCAUAUUCAAUCCAACUAUACUAACUUGGACCCCCAUCCUCCCCAACUUCAAAGGG